AUGGAUUUUCUUCCAAUGUUUAAGUAAUUGGCCAACUCGAGGUGACAUCAGGAGAUCAAAUACGGAAGAUAUAGCGCACGUGCUUCGUGACGGUGUUGCGCUGCUACCGGGAUCUCGUGAUCGUACAGGUCGUGCGGUCAUAUUUUUUCCACCUAAAGAACAACAACUAAGUCCGGAUAAUAUUAGGAAUGUUCUUCGAUAUCUACACACUGUAACAUCUGAUGAAACUAGGGACCAUGGAUUCACUGUGAUCAUAGAUAUGCGUGGCAAACAUGCGUAUAAUAAUGUUAGGCCAAUUUUAAAAGCGAUUAAUGUGAGUAGACUUCAAUCCUGUUCUGUUCAGCACCUUUGCGAGACGACGACUGGGCUUAAUAUAAUGGUUUUAAUUAUCAAACCGGAUACUUUCUGGGAAAAGCAGAAAGCGAAUUUGUUACUAGGUUCCUGGAGUUUUGAGGUUUGUGAGAUUCCUCUACUUAAAUUGUGCUUAUAUAAAUCUCAUCUUGGUGGCUCGUUUCCAUAUGAUCAUGAUGACUGGCUGGAUACGAGAUUGGAGUUAGAAAGAUGGAUAUGGCAAGUUUCGGAUGUCAUGCGAAAUCUGGAAUGUCAGCGUAGGUUGAUGACGGAAGCUCAGUCUCCAGUGGACGUCACCACAGCAGAAGCUGCCCUUUCUCAACAUUCUCUAAUCAAAAAAACAAUUUUCGCCAUCCCGAUUGACCGUUUACAAAGUGAAUCUGAAAGAAUAAGUGAAAGGAUAAAUCGGGCCCAGUGUGGAAUUUCGAACCCAGAUCUUGUGUCUUCGAUUCCACAUAUGGCGAAUCUCCUCACAUCAUUGCGUAAUUUAAAAAAUGACGUUUUCAAACAGUGGGAAGGUCGUAGAGUCGAACUGGAGGCGUGCUAUCAGAUGAAACUAUUUGAACACGAUGCUGAAAACAUGAUUGAUUGGACUCGAAAACACAAUGAGACUUUAUCCCGACGGAUCGGCGACAUCGGUGUGUCUGAAGCGGAAGCAUCCGAAAUGCUUCGAGAAUUCGAGGAAUUUUCAAUAACCGCCAACGUAAGUGUUCUAUUGGAAAGGAUGAAGUUGCGUAUGGACGAGGAAUGGUCACGGUUUAAAGAACAGAUGGUGAAAAGGAAACUCAUAUUAAACUCAGCAGUUGCGUUUUUCACUGCAACAAAAUAUUUCACAAAAUUGCCAUCGUGGGUUGAAAAUCCUGGUGUCGAUCCUAACAAUAUGAGCGGAAAUACAGCAGAAGUUCUGGAAGAAGCCAUUCAACAACACGAGAAAUUUUGGACAGCUGUAGAAGAACUAUAUGCAGAAGCGUUUGCGCAAGGUUCUCAGUUAAUACAACUGCUGAAAUCGGUCGAUAUAGAUGACCCCUCCUCAAAGGAGCUGCUGGGAAAGCUUACUAGAGCUCAGAAGCACCUUCUAUCCCUGUGGAAAGAGAGAAGGGUUCGUCUACAUUCAAUGCUAGCUCUGAUUGCUUUUCGAACCGAUACGCAACUUGUUGUAGAAUGGCUUGAACAACAUGGUGAUCCAUAUUUAACAAAAAACACAAGUAUAGGUGAAACUGUUGAACAAGCUCGAACAUUGCAAAGGAAUCACAGUCACUUUCGUCAAAUAGCUAGAAACACAUAUUCAAAUGCUAACAAACUCUUUGAAGCCAGUAAAGCAAUCUUGGAAUCGGGGGUUUGUGAUGCCGAGAAAAUGCGGGCAAUGAUUGGCGAUUUAGACCAAAGGGUUCAGCAAUUUACGCAUCGUGUAGAAGUAAGGUUCAACCUCCUUAAUCAAUCGGUUCUUUUCCAUACACAUUACCACGAAAUAAUGGCUUGGUACGAAGAAAUGGAGAAGAAGUAUGCAGAAAGGAUGGUUGACGUCGAGGUGGAUGCAUGUGAGCGAAGCAAAGAGCAGUGGCUCUAUGAGAGUGACGGAACUGCCCAAGCAUAUGCCACAACCAUUGGAGAAGGUACUCAAUUAGUGCAUGAACUGGAAGUCCAUUCGCAACACACUGGAAUUGAUUACACAAGCAAUAUAUCUUGUAUUAAUCGUUUGAUUCGAAACAUAGAAGCCCGUAAUAGCAAGCUGUCAAGCAUAUGGAAUCCUCAACGUGUUUUGUUGCAAAUUGGACUACGUUUUGCCAUAUUUAUUCGGGAUAACUGCGAAGUUCUUUCUCAGAUUCGCAGUUGGGAGGAGGAUAUGAGAGGAAUGUUGGAGUCAUCAACUUUUGCUGGGAACGCAGAAAAAGUUCUGCCAUUCCACCAGGAUAAUACAGCUCAAGUGAAAAUGGCGGUGAAAAAUAUUCGGAAAUGUGCUCAGGAAUCUAUUCACGGUAAUGGUUUCUCUGAUUUACGAACGAGGCAAGGAAAGAGCGUCACCGAUUUGAUAAGAGAGAACUUAAAAGUUCUUGAAGCAGCUGAACACCAGGUUAUGCAGGUUCGGUUGCAUUUCUUAUGUUUUGUCGCACUGAAGAUGCCAUUAAUAUUAAUUUCAGUAUUACUAAAUAACAUGGACUCGGUGCGAGUUUUCUAUGAGCUUUCCAAUGAGCUCAUUCGAGAGGGGUCUACGGAUAGGGCGGCAGUUGUUGAGUUGAAUGAAAUGGUCACUGGUCGGUGGAGAAGGUUAAGUGGGCUUGCAGAAGAGCGCAAUAAAUUGUUGAAGGCUGCUAUUGUAUGUUAUAAGACAUACCUCACCGGAGUAUAUCCAAUACUUGAUCAGUUGGAGAAGGAUUACAGUCAGAACCCAGAUCGUGACUGGUGUGCCGUUCGAGUUGGUGAAACCCCUCAAGAAAGGGUUAAUGUCAUAUCUGAGCUUCUCAGCAGACAUAUGGACUACAAGGACCGAUUUUUAAAAGGAUGUAUUUAUGCUCAAAAAACAAGUGAAUUAUUUCUGAAAUAUAUCGAAAGAACAAGCACAGGCACUGGAGUUCUCGACAGUGAAAGAAUCAUUCGUAUGAAGUCUGACCUGCGUGAGCGACAGUCGAAAAUUUUAGAGUUAUGGACUAAAAAGAAGAAGCAGUUGGACAGAUGUCAGCAGUUUGUUUUGAUGGAUGCGACUCGCCACGUUUUGGUAGACUGGCUUUGUGGGGAGGGUGAACGACGUUUAGCAGAAUUUCAAAGGAAAGGUGUAGCUGAUGCAGCCACCCUGGAAGACUUCCAUACUUUCAAAGAACCGAUGCACGAACUAAUAAAAACAGAAAAGGACUACAUAGAGGAUCUGCGAAGAUGCAUAGAGGUGUAUAUUUCUGAAUUCGAUUUUGCUGAAGCAAACUCAACUCUCCCAGCGAUCUUGAAAGACCGCCGUCAUGCAGUUUUCGGCAACUACGAGAAGUUGUACGCGUUUCACUCAGAGAAAUUUUUCCACGAACUGUCGAAGUACGAGGACGAUCCUGAAGAAGUUGGAUGUUCGUUCACCGUAUGGGUAGAUUAUUUGAAUGAGCUUUACACAGAUUACUGUGUUAAUAUGGAGCAGAACAACCACAUUGUUGCAUUACCUGAAGUGACUUCAUUUUUCGAGGCUAUACGAGAAAAGCAUGGGCUGGAACAAAAUAACUCAUUGCAUUCUAUGCGAAUUAAACCAGUUCAACGAUGUACCAGGUACAAAUUGCUCAUGGAACAGCUACUGAAACACUGUAAUAACGAAGCUUAUGAUGUAGUAAUGAGUCUUCCACGACGUGUGAACGACAUUAUCCACUUCAAUGGACUUGAAAAAGACAAGGUAUGGUUUGUCGGACCGUUUGUCAUGCAAGAUCUGCUGACUGUGUGGGAACCUCGCAAUUAUUUUAACAAGACAAAAGGAAAAGAACGUCAGGUUUUUCUAUUCGAACAAGCAAUUGUUAUUGCUAAGAAAAUGGAAUUCUCAACGAAAAAUGUGAAGUACAUAAUUAAAGGGAAACCGAUCCCACUAGUGGACGUAUCCGUUGUCGAGCAUGUGGAAGGAGAUGCUUGCCGUUUUGGGCUUCGUAUUGGAACAGUUGCAAGUAAUGAAAAUCGCAUUGAUUUACGAAGUGCACCUCAACCUAAGGAAGAAGUGAAGAUCAUGUGGGUGAAGCGCAUUCGUGAACUAACCCAGGCACUGCUACCACUUAGUAUUAACUCUUUAACGGCAGAGUCUGUUUCAACUCGAUCAUCUAACGCAUCAACUAAUUCGACAGAGUACCCAUCUCACGAUGGUGACGAGUCAUCCAUUGAUUCUCAACGACUCUCCAUUCAAAGUGCGGAUAGCAACCAGGUAUAUUCAUUGGUAGCACAAGGAACGCAUAUUUAG